CUACCAAUCAUUACCAAUUGUUACUGGUGCACUCAGUACUGUGUACAUAUUUUUUUUUUGUGUUGUGCUGUACAUCAGUGUAUUGUCUAAACUGUCUAAAUUUUUUUCUAGACUUUUUAAAAACACUAUAUUAUUAAUUAAAAAAUAAUUUUCUACAUAGAAAUACACUUAAUAUUAAAAUUAUAAAACAACUUAUAAAAUAAUGUCACGUUAUCGAGAGUGGGAUCUUUCGUGUAAAGUUUAUGUUGGAAAUUUAGGAAGUAGUGCAAGUAAGCAUGAAAUUGAAAAUGCAUUUAGUCAAUAUGGACCAUUAAAAAAUGUAUGGGUUGCUAGAAAUCCACCUGGUUUUGCAUUUGUUGAAUUUGAAGAUCCUCGUGAUGCUGAAGAUGCUGUUAGAGGUUUACAUGGAAAACGAUGUUGUGGAACGAGAGUCAGAGUUGAAAUGUCAUCAGGAAGAAGUCGUCGUGGAGGAGGUGGUGGUGGUGGUGGAGCUGGUGCAACACGUCGACCUGGUCCAAAAUACUCAAGAUCGCGUUCACGCAGUCCAAGAAGAAGAUCUUUGAGCCGUAGUCGCAGUCGUGAUCGUCGUUCACGUUCCGAAUCACGAGACAGACGGUACUGAUUUUAAAUUUAAAAAAUAGAAAAAUCUAAUAUAUAACUAGAUCAAUUGUUUUUUUCUUUUUGUAUACUAAAGAAGCUAAUAACAAUAUUACAUAAAAUAUAGAUAAUAUAAUUGUUUUAAUAAUUUACAGUUAGGUGCUAAAAAAAUAAAAAUAAAAAUAACGUGGAAAUCUUGAUAAGAGCCGAAUGGGAUUAUCUGACAAUGAUAAGUUAAAUUUAAAUGUAUAUAAUAAUUAGAAAUGUUCACUAAAAUAAUAAAAAUAAAAUAGUUAUUAUUAUAAUAAUAUCACAUAAACCAAAAUGGUUAUAAAAUUGUUGAUUAAACAAUUAAUCGCAUAUUGAAUUUGAAAAUUCAAACAACAAAAGAAAAACAAUUGUUAAACAAAAAACAUAUAUCAAAUUAAUUUUCCCAACAUAUCUAUUAAUUGUAAAAUUCGUACUACAAAAAAAAAAAAAAUAAUUUAUAUUCUAAUUUUAUCAUUUUAUAUUUGUUAAAUUUUUUUUUGUAAAAUAGAUUUAAAAAUAAUUAAUUUAUUAAUAUAUAAAUUAAACAAAAAUAAUUCAGUUUAAAAAAAAAAAUUGUAUUAAAUUUAUUUUUUACUUUGAAAUUAAUUAAUUUAUAAAUUAAAAAUAAAAUAGUAACACAUAA